GUUGCUAGGAGACCGGGCUCCCGCACGCCCCCCAAUGGCCAGCGCCCCAGCGCGCGCUGAAGGGAGGCGGGGCCCAGGCUGCUGCGUGGAGCGAUCGGCAGGGCAACGUUAGGCUGCCUGGCGCACGGCGCCCGCCGGGCGCCCCUGGAAGCCGCAUCUCCUCCCCGGCCACCAACGGGGCCUCACUGGUGCCUUCCCACAGGUACCAGCGCGCUCCUGAGCGGCGGUGAGCGACGCUGGGUGCAGACGAGGAAAGACGGUGAGUCAGCAACUGCCAGAGCUGCGUGGGGAGCUAAGCUGAGCGGACGUGGGGUGAUUUUUCUCUCCAACCCCUCGCGUAAAAACCGUCUACCAGAUGCUUUCUUAUUUGGAUCCAGACUCCAGUUCCGGAGCAGUCUUGUAGCUGGAUCCCCUAGGAAGAGAAGUUCUGAAGCAUUAAGAAGAAAGCAUUUCAAUUUGGAACGCUUAUUUGCACCUGGAAAUGGGGAAUGGACUGUCAGACCAGACUUCUAUCCUGUCCAGCCUGCCUUCAUUUCAGUCCUUUCACAUCGUUAUUCUGGGUUUGGACUGUGCUGGAAAGACAACUGUAUUAUACAGGCUGCAGUUCAAUGAAUUUGUAAAUACUGUACCCACCAAAGGAUUUAACACUGAAAAAAUUAAGGUAACCUUGGGAAAUUCUAAAACCGUCACUUUUCACUUCUGGGAUGUAGGUGGCCAGGAGAAAUUAAGGCCACUGUGGAAGUCAUAUACCAGAUGCACAGAUGGCAUUGUGUUUGUUGUGGACUCUGUUGAUGUUGAAAGAAUGGAAGAAGCCAAAACUGAACUUCAUAAAAUAACCAGGAUAUCAGAAAAUCAGGGAGUCCCUGUACUUAUAGUUGCUAACAAGCAAGACCUGAGGAACUCAUUGUCUCUCUCAGAAAUUGAGAAAUUGUUAGCUAUGGGUGAACUGAGCUCGUCCACUCCCUGGCAUUUGCAGCCCACCUGUGCAAUCAUAGGAGAUGGACUGAAGGAAGGACUUGAGAAACUCCAUGAUAUGAUAAUUAAAAGAAGAAAAAUGUUGCGGCAACAGAAAAAGAAAAGAUGAAUGGUAAUACCUUUUCUCUCUAUGUGGAGUGGGUUUUCUCCGGUCUGAUUUGACAAAUGGAAAAAGUGUCUCCAGCCUGGUUUGCCUGCCUGCCCUCCUGGAUGCUGAUAAAGCUUUGUUUUGUUGAACAAUCAGAUGCCCAACUCUUUUGCCUUGUGGAAGAUGAGUAAAUGCAGUGCUUCUUGAAAUGGUCUCUUCUCCCUACCCCACAAAUCUUUUGGUACUACCAUUCUGGAAGCCAAGCAUGGAUUGACGAGAAAACUGUUGUGGAAAUUUGACCUGAAGUUAGUGAAAUAAAACUUUGAAGAGUA